GUCCUUGUUUUCUCCCCGACAGUUCGUGUGACCGUAUUCCGUUAUCCAUAUCUCUUGGCUUCGCUGCUUUCUUUUCGGCCUUUCGAUCGGCGAAACAUCAUAAGCCAUACCUUUAUGCAAUGGCGUUGGAGAAGUAUGGAAAUGCCGCAAGUUCGUCACAUUUGAGUGGUAGAACCGAGUUUGAGAUAUUGAAAUCGACCCACAGAUUUUUGCGCAAUGACAAUGGCAAAGAACCAUUGACUUGGGAGGAGCAGCUUGCAAAGAAGUACUAUGACAAUCUAUACCGCGAAUAUGCAGUCUGUGAUCUCAAGCAUUACAAGUCUGGAAACUUCUCUAUACGAUGGCGAACGGAAGAUGAAGUACUAUCUGGUGCUGGAGAGACAACCUGCGGCAAUACUCGUUGUCAUUUCCACUCCGCCCACAAUGUGGAAGAAGCCCAUCCCUCUCUGAAGACACUGGAGCUCCCCUUUUCAUAUGUGGAGAACGGGGAAAGCAAAUUUGCACUUGUAAAGGUCGUAUUAUGCGACAAAUGCUGCAAGAAGUUGAUGUGGAAACGGAAUAAGGAGAAGGAGAAGGAAGGAGAGAGAGCUUCGGCACAGGAUCCGUCGGAGGAACUGCACGUCACUGAUAUUGCAGAAUCUGCACUAUCUGAAGAGCAAGCCGGUAGACGAGAAGCUCGUGCUCACCGCCAUCGUGAAUCAGACGAUCCCGGGGCUCACAAAGCGCGUCGCAGAGACUCGCGCUCACGUUCUCCACCACGGGGCAGGGUACCUUCUAAGCGUUAUCCAUAGCGUGUUUGUGCUCUCAUUUAGGAUAUGCUCGAGCAACGGGUCAUUUUGCAUUCACU